CGCUGGGCGCUCUCCUUCGACAUGUCGUCCCUCUCCAGCAGCCAGGAGGUGAGUCUGGCUCAGCUCCGUGUCCGCCUGCCCGGCCUCUCCCGUGCCCACAACGUGUCCCUGGACAUCUACCACAGCCAGCGCCGCAGGUGCCGGCGAGACGGGACCUGCGCCCACCAGCUCUUCCUGGGCACCGUGGCUGGCAGCCCCUCUGCCACCCAGGCCUCCUGGAAAGUCUUUGAGGUCACCAACCUGCUGCGGUCCUGGCUCCACCAAGCCGUGGUCCCUGGUGGCUCAGCUGCCCCGGCCACCACGGCCCUGAGAGACACCGGCCACGGGGACCCAGCCCUGCCCCAGGACGCGGCAGACAGGGUCCUGCUGCUCGUCUUCUCCAAGGACAAGUCUCCGGGAGACCACAGCCUCAUCAGGACAGCGGAGACCUCCAAGUACAUCAUGCGGGACAGCGGCUCGCAGGGCGCGGGGUCGCGCCGGCAGCGCAGGAACAGGAUGGAGAAGCAAAGGAUCAAAGCGAGCGACCCCGGCGCGGCCGUGCCGCGGGAGCAGGGCAGGGCGCUGUGCAGGAGGGUGGACAUGGUGGUGGACUUCGAGCAGACGGGCUGGGGCAGCUGGAUCGUGUACCCCAAGAAGUACAACGCGUACCGCUGCGAAGGGCUGUGCCCCUCGCCCGUGGACGAGACCUUCAAGCCCACCAACCACGCCUACAUGCAGAGUUUGCUGCAGCUCUACAAGCCCAACCUGGUGCCGUGUCCCGCCUGCUCCCCAGUCAAGAUGAGCCCCCUCUCCAUGCUCUACUACGAGAAGGGUGAGAUGGUCAUCCGACACCACGAGGACAUGAUCAUCGAGGAGUGUGGCUGCAACUGAGGCCACCCUGCACCCUGCCAGGAAGGUGCACAUCUCUGCCCAAAAGUGCCCCAAGGACCCGACCCACGA